CCUGCUCCAAACCCGACUGGUGGGGUCCUCUAUUGAAAGACAGUCUGCUGUGUGCCGGCGGAGACGGCAUCGUCACUGGCUGCACCCCUUCGGGUGUGGCGUUCCCCCUAUCGAACCCAUCAACACCCGCGUGGUAAACGGAGUGGAUGCCAAACCCCACAGCUGGCCCUGGCAGAUCUCCCUGCAGUACGAUAAGAACGGCGAAUGGAGGCACACCUGCGGAGGAUCUCUGAUUGCCACCAACUGGGUGAUGACUGCUGCUCACUGUAUCAACAAAUCCUUCACCUACCGUGUGUUUGUUGGAAAGUACAACCUGGUUGAGGAUGAGGCUGGAUCCAAGGCUUUUACUCCUGAAAAGAUCGUGGUUCAUGAGAAAUGGAACCCUAUUUUUGUGGUCCUCGGGAACGACGUGGCUCUGAUUAAGCUCUCUGAACACGUGACUCUGAGUGACACCGUGCAACUGGCCUGCAUUCCACCUGCCGGCACCAUCCUCACCAACAACUACCCCUGCUACAUCACCGGCUGGGGCAGACUCUCCACUGGAGGUCCCAUCGCAGACAAGCUCCAGCAGGCUCUGAUGCCCGUGGUUGACCACGCCACCUGCUCCAAACCCGACUGGUGGGGUCCUCUAUUGAAAGACAGUCUGCUGUGUGCCGGCGGAGACGGCAUCGUCGCCGGCUGCAACGGUGACUCCGGCGGUCCUCUGAACUGUAGGAACGCCGAGGGAGUUUGGGAGGUGCACGGCAUCGCCAGCUUCGUCUCAGGCCUGGGCUGCAACUACGAGAAGAAACCCACCGUCUUCACCCGCGUGUCCACCUACAACAACUGGAUCGACCAGGUUAUGUUGGAUAACUAAGGUGAACAAAUGAUGAAAAUUGAAGAUUUUAAACAAUAAAACUUGUGUCGUACACGUC